GGUGUUCAUGAAGUAGCCUACUGGCUGCGAGUCGGAUGACAGGAAAGGUAGUCCGUUUAGGCAAAAGUUUGUAUGGACUGAGACAGGCAUCUAGAAUAUUUCACAAGAGGCUAGUGUCGGACCUGAAAAGGAUUGGUUUCGAACAAUCUCUGUCAGACCCCUGUGUUCUUCGGUUUAUGAUGGGAGACGAGGUGUUGGGUAUGAUUGCGAUUCAUGUGGAUGACAUUCUGUAUGAAGGAAUUGAGAGGCUUGCUAAGAUGGUUGUGGAAGCGCUAGGUGACUCUCUCCCCACGAAGAAUUUGGGCGAGAUCAGGUUCUUUCUUGGUUGCGCAUUCGUUCGCGACCGCGAGGCUGGUACGAUUGAGAUGUCUCAAGAGAGUUACAUCAGGAGUGUUCUUGAGAGAUUCAAUGUUUGUCGCACCAGCUCGAUCCCUGCUUCCCUUACUAACGAUUACAAGUCCGUGAUGGAGGAUGAGGGGGCACGAGAUGUGCCGUUCCGAGAGGUGGUGGGGAGCCUGAUGUGGAUCGCCAACCAGACGAGGCCCGACAUCUCGAAUGCUGUGCGGGCGGUGGCAAGGCACUCUCACGAGCCAAAGAAAAGCCACGGGAAGGCUGCUCAGAAGAUUCUAAAUUAUCUUCUGGAAGCGGCACAUCUAACUUUGAAGUACAAGCAGGACACUAUGGUAGACGUAGGCACGUUGGUUUACGUCGACGCAGACUUCGCCAGUAAGGCCACUGACCGUAGAUCAGUUUCGGGAGCACUAGUUCUAGUAGCUGACUGUCUUGUUGCUUGGAUUUCUAGGACACAGAAAUGUGUCACACUUUCAACAACUGAAGCAGAGUAUGUUGCGAUGGGUGACGGUGUAAAAGAGGCUCUGUUUGUCAAAGGAAUGCUCGAGUUCUUGAGGCCUAGUGAUAGAAUCGGUAAGAUUCAGGUACGAGAGGACAACGAGGGUGCGAUUGCACUUGCUGAGAAUCCACUCAGUUCGUGUAACAGUAAGCACAUUGACGUGAGUCACCAUUUUCUCAGGAAUUUGACAGAGGAGGGAGUGUUGGAAAUCAGGCAUGUCUCUAGCGAAGUACAGCAUGCGGACAUUCUGACGAAGGCUCUGCCGAGAGAUCCUUUUGAAGUUCAUCGUAAUUUUGCUCAAGGUUUGAUUUCUAAGAAUUAGUCUAGAGACCUGUGUUUUAUUUUAGUUGUUAUAUUCUGAUAUACAUUUGAUUGGUCGGGACAACAGCCCCAAGGGAGGGUGUUCGUGAUAGUUGCUGCUGUGUGUGUCGACAGAGUGACGUAGAACAACUUGAUCGGACAGGUUGCAUUACGGGACUGUCUGCGUUGAAGAUCGUUGAGCAGCCACAUAUUAUCAGAACAGCAA